AUGGAGACAGCAGGCAGCGACUCUCCCCAGCUCAGACAAACCGGAAUUCUUGGGUCUUUUCUUGGACGUGGGAGACCACGCAACACCUCUCAAUCUCACAUUGACGCUCUCAGAGAACUGAGCCCUUCUCCGCCCACACAAGGACCACCUUCUCCCAUCGCACCAGGCCAGCCUCGUCGCCGACAACCCCAGCCACAACCCACCCAGUCACCACAACCAGCUGCUCUUACACUUAGCCACAUGCUUCGUCGUCGUCGCUCAGCGGGCAACAUUGUACCCCCAGCCCAGCCGCCACCCAUUCCACCAGCGCCAACUCCCCUCGCCGUGCCCAGGACAGCGCCAAUCCAGCCCACAUCCGUUCCACCCGCCUCAUCCCAUCGAAUCCGACUUGUUCCGCAUCUCGACUCACGUCGCAGUCUGCGCUUCGAUGCCAUCUCGCGGGACCUCAAAGCCUCCGAUACCGCUUUGCGUAUUGGGCGCUUCACAGACCGUUCGGGGAUGGGAAUCGCUGCGGUCAAUGCCCAGAACACGAAUAAGAUUGCUUUCAAGAGCAAGGUCGUAAGCAGGGCCCACGCUGAGGUCUGGGUUGAGGAGGGCACUCCACCCAAGUUUUACAUUCGCGAUACCAAGAGCAGCAGUGGUACAUUCCUCAACCAUGUCAGGCUCAGUCCCGCCAAUACAGAAAGCCGUCCCCACCAGAUCAAAGACGGUGAUAUUCUCCAGCUCGGCGUCGACUACCAAGGAGGAGCCGAGGACAUCUACAAGAGCGUCAAAAUAAGAAUCGAGGUCGGUCGAGAGUGGCAAUCUGCGGCAAAUGCAUUCAACACCGCCGCUCUCAAGAACCUCAAGACACUUGCAAUCGCGCCAAACGCCGAUGGACAAGGGACUUCGACUGGCGAGAAGAAGAAACGUAAGGGCCUUGCGGCUUCGGGCAUUCCGGAUUGUUGCAUCUGUCUUUUCCCCGUCACUAUUCGCCAGGCCCUCUUUCUUGCUCCUUGCUCUCACGCUUUCCAUUACAAGUGUCUCCGGCCGCUACUUGAGACCCAUCACCCUGCAUUUAGCUGUCCACUAUGUCGCUCAUUUGCGGAUUUGGAAGAGGAUGUCGAGAUAGAGGUGGAAGAUGAUGACGAAGAGGAUCUCCUCGACGGUUUGGAUCCUAAUUUAGUAGCAACGCCGCAUUCCGAUGGCCCACAUGCUGGUCCAGAUGGCGGCUCAGGCGACGAGGGUGUCCUUGCAGACGACCUCGAUGCUGAAGAAGGGGACGAGGUUGAUCAACUUUUCCAACCACCCAGGUCCCGUUUUGGGAAUGGGGGUGGAGGAGCAGAGACUGAAGUGGAAGAUAAUGGAACUAGUGGACUAGUUCCUGGAGCAUUUUCACAUACAAGCGGUCGUAGGAGUGCACACUUUGAGCAAGACGUGCCGGUGCUUUCCGUGGACGACGAGAUGAUGGAUGUUGAGUCGGGAGAAGGAAGUGGCAGCGGAGAAAUGGGGAUGCUCAAUGGUGGUAUCAGUGCCCAUGCGCGACAUCUCAGUCUUGGCGACGGCACUCUCGGGGGACCAAAGCGGAAACGCUAA